GCGAGAGAAUGGUGCACCUUAGUGUCCAUAGGUGUGUUAUUUUAUCCCACCCUGAUUUUUUAUCUUAGCAACUUUAACCGCCAUACGUAGUUUGAAGGGUGUAUGCACAAAGUUCAGCGUGUUUUCUCCGUGGUUCAACACUACAAAUGGCUUGGAUUAUCCCCUCGCUGCUGCACGGGACUGGCGCUGCUUUAUUGCUGCUUGCUGUGAUUCUGACAGGUGAUGCCGUUGCGCAGGUUUUUGACAGCUAUGGAUUAUCUUACGCCUUGAGGUCUGAGCUUUCUGAGGACACGGUGUUGGUCGCCAAUAAUGGGAUCCGCGUGCCUUUCGGGAGAUCAGUGUUCAUUGAUCCCAUCAACGAUUUGGUUAUUCAAGUUCAGCCUGGUGAUAGAUGCAGCAUCACAGUCCUGGAAAAUGACCCCUUGUCCCAAAGACCCGGACACCUGUCUCCGAAAAAGUUUCCGUGUGAAUUUGGCCCCAACGACGUGAAGUAUUCCCACUUUGGCUCCAGGAGUCCUCCGAGGGACAGAGUGAGAUUACAGCUCAGGUAUGACACCCAAACGGAUACAAUUAUCAUACCCUUUAUGAUGGAGGUUGAAGUAAUUUUCACGCAGCUGGAAGUCCUCACCAAAAACAUGCCACUAGCUGUAGAGCACCUGCUUGGCACAAGUAACCCCAUCGACAGAAGAAUUUUAGAAUUCACCUUUGACAGAAGUGCACAGCAAUGCAAAAUAUCGUCUCUGUCCAGUGGCAGCGUGCUGCCCAGAUAUGGGAAACUUGAGGAUCAGGGCAGCCUGGGAACAAUGGUGGACUGUGAUGAAUUUAUUAAAAUGAAUAUUCGGUAUCAGCACACUUUUGCUUUGAAGUCACCAAACAGAGAUUACAUUCCCAUGCUUGUGGAGUUAAGUGAUAAGGAAGGCAAUUUGCUCAAGCAAGAAUUUUUCCAAAUUUUAGUGAGGAUUAGGGACGGAGAGGAGAACACAGCUCCAAAACCCAGCUUUGUUGCCAUGAUGAUGAUGGAAGUGGACCAGUUUGUGAUGACCGCAAUAACCAUGGAUAUGCUGGCGGCAGAGGAUGUUGAAUCUAAUCCUGAUGAAUUAAUUUUCAACAUCACAUCGACCCUGUCCUUUGAGGAGGGCUACAUAGUGAGCACAGAUGAUAGGAAUUUACCAAUAACCUCUUUUUACCAAGGAGACCUCAAAGACUUGAAAAUCGCUUACAAGCCCCCCGCUGUGGAUUCAGAUACUGAGCGGAUUUUCCAGAUUGAAUUUGAGGUUGUGGACACAGAGGGGGCUGUGUCAGACCCCUUUGCUUUCAUGAUUGUUGUUAAGCCAAUGAACACAUUAGCCCCUGUAGUAACCAGAAACACAGGCCAGUUACUGUAUGAAGGUCAGUCCAGGCCUCUGUCCAGUUCACAGAAUCUGGAAAUCAGCGACGAAGACAAUGUAGACAAAGUCAAAAUCACUGUCAUUGAUGGGCUGAGGCAUGGAGACUUGACUGUUCUGGGCUCAAGGAGGAAAUUUUUCACCCCGGCUGACCUCGACUCUGGAGUUGUAAUUUAUCAACAUGACGGCAGUGACACUUACAGCGAUAAUAUUAUCUUCAGAAUGACAGAUGGCACCAAUGAGGUGGAGUUUCUGUUUCCCAUCACGGUUGUGCCAACUGAUGACGAGCCUCCCAUAAUCAACGCCAACACUGGUUUAGUAUUAUUUAAAAACCAAAUGAUGCCAAUCUCCUCACUUAUGCUCAGUGCAGCAGACAUUGACUCAGAGGAUUCCUCUAUAAAAUUCACAAUAGAGCCUGCCUUUUCUACAAUUGGGCAGGUGCUGCUGCGUCAGUCUGAGGCCCCAGAGGACCCGUCAACCUGGAAAUUUAAUACAGAGGAUGAACUGUAUGAGAAAAUAGUGACUGAAUGGCUGCAGCAGGAUAUUACAGACGGUAAACUGUAUUACAAGCACAUUGGGCCUCACAGCACCAGCACAGUCAUGGACCAGUUUGUGUUUAAAGUGCAAGAUGACAAUGACCCACCAAACCAAUCACAUGAGAGCUCUUUUAUUAUCAAAAUUCUCCCUGUUGACGACCUCCCACCUGAGCUGUACCCUGGCACGACUCUGCAAAUGACUGUGCACGAGUAUCAGAUUACUUACUUCAGGAAGAAAUUCCUUCGUUACACUGACCUGGACUCAGAGGAUCGGGAUCUCAAAUACACCGUCAUCCAGCCACCGACAGAUACAGAUGAGAACAGCCCUGUUGUUCUUGGAGCUCUGGUAUUAACUGAAAAGCCAAACACUGAAGUCACAACGUUUACACAGGCACAAAUUAACCAUCAUAAAAUAGCUUACAAACCGCCUGAUCUUGAGCUUGGAAUUACCUCUCAUGUUUUGCAGUUCAGGUACACUGUGGAGGAUGUUUCUGGAAAUAUUGUAGAAGGAGUUUUCACUGUAUUCUUACAGCCUGUAGACAACAAGCCACCUCAAAUAACAAACUCUGGAUUUACUGUGCUUGAACGCGGCACACAUAUCAUAACAAGUGCUGAGCUGGACACUUCUGACACAGACACAGACAGUAAACAGAUAUCCUUCACUGUAACUCAGCCUCCACUGCAUGGCCAGAUCCAGUUUACAUUCAGCGUCAUGAUUAAAGGAGACACAUUCAGCCUAGAGGAUAUUGGAAAUGGCAGAAUUUCAUACAUCCAUAAUGGAGAUGAAUCGACUGUUGAUUUAAUACAAAUAGAUGUCAGUGAUGGGGUCCAUGUCGUCCCAAUUACUAUAAAGAUAAGUGUGAAGCCAAUUGAUGAUGAGACCCCAAGAAUUAGUCUCCCAGCUGGUACAAUCGGCUCCUAUAUAGAUGUACUGGAAAAUGGAGCGACAGAAAUCACAAGUAAUGUUAUUCAGGGAAGAGAUGAGGACACUGAUGACCUCCGUUUGACCUUCAUUGUAGAGGACCCUCCAUCAUUGGGUGAAAUUCUGGUGGGAGGCGUCCCAUCUGGCACUUUCACUCAAGCUGAUAUCAUAAACGGCUUUGUAGUCUAUGCUCAUACCAGUGGGGAAAUAGGCUUGACUACAAAGGAGGACUUUUUCAACCUCACAUUGACAGACAUGUCUGAUGAGUGGACUGUUGGGGGGAAUAAGAUCACAGGUGUCAGAGUCCAUGUAACUAUUCUUCCUCUGGACAGCCAGGCUCCAGAGGUCUUUGUGGGGCCACAGUUCACUGUUGUUGAGGGAGCGAAGAAUGUAAUUCAAAUUCUUCAUAUAAGCACUGACGAUGUCGACACCCCCAGCGAUGACCUUCUUUGUACAAUCAUUGUGCAGCCGACGUCAGGGUAUGUGGAAAAUAUUUCCCCAGCUCCGGGCUCAGAGAAAUCCAGGUCCGGGACAGCUAUAAGUGCUUUCACCAUCAAGGACAUCAGACAGAAUCACAUUUACUAUGUUCAAAGCAUUCACAAAGGAGUCGAGCCAGUAGAGGACAGGUUUACGUUCAGAUGCUCUGAUGGCAUCAAUUUCUCUGAAAAGCACUUUUUUCCGAUCUCCAUAAUCCCCUCUAAUGAUGAAAAGCCUGAGAUUUACAUGAGAGAGUUUGUAGUUAUGGAGGGCAUGAACAUAGUCAUAGACACUCCCAUUCUGAAUGGUGCUGAUGCAGAUCUGCCUUCUGAUCAGCUCACAUUCAUUAUCACUAAACCCCCAAAGCAUGGAUUUAUUCUCAAUCAGCUCACUACUGGCACUGUGCCGGUCGCUAACUUCACCUUGGAUCAGAUCAGGGAGGCCUCCAGUAUUGUGUAUGAGCACGAUGACUCAGAGACCACGGAGGACAGCUUCGAUAUUGUUCUCACGGAUGGAAAGUUCAGGGUGGAGAAAACGGUGAUCGUUAUGAUUAUCCCUGUGGACGAUGAGACCCCGAGGAUGGCCAUCAAUGACGGCCUUGAGAUUGAAAUUGGUGAUGUAAAAGUCAUAAACAGCAAUGUUUUAAAAGCUACUGAUCUGGACUCUGAGGAUUCCAUGCUGACUUACAUUAUUCGCUAUGGACCUGGUCAGGGUUUUUUACAGAAGACAACUCCUUUUGGGACAUUACAGAACAUCACAGUUGGGAUGAACUUCACGCAGAGUGAAGUAGAUCUGGGUUUAAUAGUAUACAUUCAUAAUGGGCAAGAGGGUAUCAGGGACCUGAUCAAAUUUGAUGUUACAGAUGGCAUCAACCCUUUAAUUGACAGAUACUUCUAUGUAACGGUGGGAGGCAUUGACAUGGUAUUCCCAGACGUGAUCAGUAAAGGUGUAUCCCUCAGAGAAGGUGGCAGGGUUAGUCUGACAACAGACCUGCUCAGCACCAGCGAUCUUAACAGCCCAGAUGAACACUUAGUUUUUACAAUCACUAGAGCUCCCAUGCGAGGACAUCUGGAGUGCACAGACACCCCUGGGAUGCCCAUCUCGUCCUUCACACAGCUCCAGCUGGCUGGAAACAAAGUCUACUACAUCCACACCGCUGACGAUGAGGUGAAAAUGGAUAGCUUUGAGUUUGAAGUGACAGACGGCUACAACCCUGUGUUCCGUACUUUCCGCAUUUCCAUCACUGACGUUGACAAUAAAAAGCCUGUGGUGACAAUCCAUGGCCUUGUGGUGACUGAGGGAGAGAACAAACUCAUCACACCGUUUGAGCUAACAGUGGAAGACAGAGACACUGUUGACCGCCUCUUGAAGUUCACAGUCACUCAAAUCCCGGUCCAUGGUCGUCUGCUUUUUAACAACACUCUGCCUGUCACCUCCUUCACAAAGCAAGACCUGAAUGAGAACAUGAUCAGCUACAAGCAUGAUGGAACGGAGAGUGCAGAAGACAGCUUCUCCUUCACUGUCACUGACGGCACUCACACAGACUUCUUCAUCUUCCCCGACACAGUGUUUGAGACUCGAAAGCCCCAAGUCAUGAAGAUCACCGUCCUCCCUGUGGAUAACGGGGCACCGCAGAUUGUGGUCAACAAGGGAGCCCCGACUUUGAGGGUUCUUGAGACUGGUCACUUGGGGUUUGUGAUAACCAGCAAGACACUUAAAGCAGAGGACAGAGACAGCAUUCAGGAUUCUGUGACUUUUAGAAUUACUGUUUUCCCAGAGCACGGCUACCUUAUCAACCUGGGCAGAGGAAAUGCCACAAUCACAACCUUCACACAAGCUCAAAUUGAUGACAUGAGCAUAUGCUAUGUUCUGAGGGAUGGUGACAACACUACAAAUGACAUCUUCUCCUUCUCCAUCGAGGACAGUGGAGGAAACAGACUGAAGAACCAGCAGUUCCGUCUCAACUGGGCCUGGAUCUCUUUAGAGAAGGAGCACUACGUGGUGGAUGAACAGGUCAAGUUCCUGGAGGUGGUGCUGAAACGUCGGGGCUACCUGGGGGAAACCUCCUUCAUUAGCAUUGGCACAAAGGAUGGCACUGCACAAAGUGACAAAGAUUUCCGGGGGAAGUCACAGAAACAGGUGCAAUUUAACCCCGGGCAGACCACAGCCACCUGGAAGGUGCGGAUCCUGUCAGAUAGCGAGUACGAAGUGUCAGAGAGCUUCCAGAUCGUCCUGUCUGAGCCCGUGAUGGCUGCCCUUGAAUUCCCAGAUAUUGCUACUGUGGAGAUACUGGAUCCUGAUGAUGAGUCGACAGUGUCCAUACCCUCAGCUACAUACAGCAUAGAGGAGGACAUUGGUGAGCUGCUCAUCCCCGUGCACAGGAGUGGAGAUGUGAGUCAGGAGCUCAUGGUCAUCUGCUUCACACAGCAAGUUUCAGCCACGGGCACCGUCCCGACCGCAGUGCUCUCCUACUCUGAUUACAUCUCCAGGCCCGAGGACCAUCACAGCAUCGUGCGCUUCGACAAGGGUGAGGAGGAGAAAACGUGCCGGGUUGUUAUCAUCGAUGACUCCCUGUACGAAGACGAGGAAAGCUUCAAUGUCACCCUGAGCAUGCCCAUGGGGGGCCGUCUGGGCUCGGAGUUCCCUACAGCCAGAAUCACAAUCAUGGCCGAUAUGGAAGACGCUCCCGUCUUCUACUUUGGCAACACAGACUACCACGUGGACGAGAGCGACGGCUUUGUGGAGGUGCAGGUGUGGAGGACGGGGACUGAUCUGUCCAAAGGAGGAACCGUCACCGCGCGCUCCAGAAAGACGGAUCCUGUCUCAGCCGAGGCUGGCGUGGAUUAUGUCGGGAUCAGCCGGAAUUUGGACUUUGCACCCGGGGUCACCAUGCAGACGUUCCGUGUGACUAUUCUGGAUGACCUGGGCCGGCCGGUGCUGGAGGGGCCCGAGAAGUUUGAGCUGGUGCUUCGAAUGCCCAUGAAUGGGAUCCUUGGGGAGCCGAGCAAGACCACCAUCCUCAUCAAUGACUCUGUCUCAGACUUGCCAAAAGUGCAGUUCCGCGAUGCUGCGUAUGUGGGCGACGAGAACUCCGGGCAGAUCUCAGCUACUGUUUACCGCAGCGGUGAUAUCAGCUACAAGUCCACAGUGCGCUGUUACAGCAGACAGGGGACAGCUCAGGUCAUGAUGGACUUCAAUGAGAGACCCAACACGGAGGCUUCCAUCAUCACAUUCUUACCAGGAGAGGUUGAAAAGACUUGUGUUUUGGUGCUAGUUGAUGACACAGAACAUGAGGAGGAGGAAGAGCUGCGUCUUGUGUUGGGAAGUCCCAAGAGCGAAUCCCCCUUUGGAGCUUCUGUUGGAGUGCAGAAGGAAACGCUCAUCAAGAUCAAAGAUGAUGCUGACAAGUCCGUUAUUAGGUUUGGAGAGACCAAAUUCAGCGUGAAUGAGCCCAAAGAAAGUGGGCAAAUGUCUGUGGUGAGGAUUCCAGUGCUGCGUGUUGGAGACACUUCUAAGGUCUCUGUGGUCCGAGUCCACACUAAGGAUGGAUCUGCUACCUCUGGGGAGGACUACCAUCCCAUAUCUGAGGAAAUUGUGUUCAAAGCAGGUGACACAGAGCACUUUGUGGAGGUGGAGAUUUUAUAUGACAGUGUCAGAGAAAUGAGGGAGGCGUUCACUGUGCACCUGAAGCCUGAUGAGAACAUGGUGGCAGAGACGAAGAUGAGCAAAGCCAUAAUCUACAUUGAGGAGAUGAACAGCAUGGCCGAUGUCACUUUCCCCUCUGUGCCAAAAGUGGUUUCUCUGCUUCAGUACGACGACAUCGACAGAGCCAGAGACGCUCUACCCAUCGCUGGAUAUCCUGUCAUUUGUGUCACUGCGUGUAACCCAAAGUACCCAGACUACGACAAAACAGGCUCUAUCUGUGUGAGCGAGAACAUCAACAACACCCUGACUCGUUAUCGCUGGCUUGUUAGCGCCCCCACCGGCUCCGAUGGCGUCACCAGCCCUAUGAGGGAGGUUGACUUUGAUACCUUCUUCACCUCCUCCAAGCUAAUUGCUCUGGACUCAGUCUACUUUCAGGCCGGUUCCCGGGUUCAGUGUGCCGCGAGGGGUGUGAACUCUAACGGGGAUGAAGGUCUAGAGCUCAGCAGCCCCAUUGUGUCCAUCAGCAGGGACGAGGGAAUGUGCCAGCCUCGUGUUGCAGGCACGGUUGGGGCAGAGCCGUUCUCUGCUAAGCUGCGGUACACUGGAACAGAAGACACAGACCACCCUAACCUUAUCAAACUGACAGUUACCAUGCCUCACAUUGAUGGUAUGCUGCCUGUAGUGUCCACCCGGCCCCUCUCUAACUUUGAGCUCACCUUGAGCCCUGACGGCACUCGUGUUGGCAACCACCGCUGCUCCAAUUUGCUGGACUUCUCCGAGGUCAAGACUCGCUACAGCUUUCUCACUGAAGCCACAAAGAACCCCGAAGUAAUCGGCGAUACGGCCCCUUACCAAUUCAGCACUUCCCUCAGGGGCUCCAGCACACUCCGGUUCUACAGAAACCUCGACUUGGAGGCCUGUCUGUGGGAAUUCAGCAGCUACUACGACAUGUCUGAGCUGCUCAGUGACUGUGGAGGUACCAUCGGGACUGAUGGACAGGUGCUGAAUCUGGUCCAGUCCUUCGUGACCUUACGAGUCCCGCUUCACGUGUCCUAUGUGUUCCACUCUCCUGUGGGAGCAGGGGGCUGGCAGCACUUUGACUUACAGUCAGAGCUGAGACUCACAUUUGUAUACGACACUGCCAUCUUGUGGAGGGAUGGUGUUGGUAGCCCACCAGAGGCUGAACUACAAGGAGCUCUGUAUCCAACCAGCAUGCGUAUCAAUGGACAUGGACGACUGGUAGUCAACUUCCGCACUGAGGCCCGAUUCAGAGGCCUGUUUGUGUUUUCACAUCCAGCUUCUCCUCUCACCUCUAUGGUCAUGUGUCCGGACCACCCGGGUUUGACCUUUAACCUCAGUCUUGUGAGGAAUGAGCCAACCUACAACCAGCCCAUUCAGCAGUGGACAUUCGUCUCUGAUUUUGCGGUGCGAGACUACUCUGGUACAUACACUGUGAAGCUGGUCCCCUGUACGUCCCCUCCCAGUCUGGAGUACACCAUCCCUCCUGUCUGCAAUCCCAGAGAGCCUCUUACCUUCGAUGUGGACAUCCGCUUCCAGCAGGUCAGCGACCCUGUGGCUGCAGAGUUCAGUCUGAACACACAGAUGAUCUUACUCUCUAAGCGGGAACUCUGGCUCUCCGACGGCUCCAUGGGCUUUGGACAGGAGAGUGACACUGCGUUCUCACAGGGAGAUACAAUAUAUGGCAGAGUGAUGGUGGAUCCGGUGCAGAACUUGGGUGACUCUUUUAUUUGUAACAUUGAGAAAGUGUUCCUGUGUACUGGAGCUGAUGGAUACGUCCCUAAAUACAACCCCAGUAACUUUGAAUUCGGCUGCUUGGCUGAUGCCCCGUCACUACUCUACAGAUUCAAAAUCAUUGAUAAGGCCCAGCCCGACACUCAGGCCCGCUCAUUUGGAAAUGUAGCGUUCAACGCCUUCCUAGCGGUGGAUGACGCUGGCGCUUUAGCUCUAGUGAGAGAACCUGGGUCUGAUGGUUUCAGAGUGGACUCCUCAGCUCUCUUCCAGGUGUCUGCAGGCAGAGAGUGGUUCAUUCACACCAUCUACACCGUCCGUUCUCGGGACAAUGCUAACCGCGGCAUAGGGAAGAGGAGCCUGGAGUACCAUGUAAUGAGCCCACACACAAGUCUGCUUCCAAAGGGUCAACAUCGCAGCAGAAGAUCAGCCAAUGAUGUGCCAGACAUAAUAGAUGAGAUCGGCGUGAGCAACAACCGCGGCACCAACAUCCUUCACAUCGCGCUGGACCGCAGCAGCCAGCGGAGGACGAGCCCAGAAAGGGAGAUCUUCACCAAAGGGAUCAUCCCCCGGGAGCUGAACCAGAAGGACAACAGCGACGACAGACUAGUGUUGAUCAUCGGGAUCUUCGUAGGUCUGCUCCUCACAGUGCUCAUCAUCAUACUGGUGGUGUUACUGGUCCGUUCAAAACGAGAGAGGAAAGACGUGCCGAAGAGCUCGAGCAGCAGAGAGCCCAUGAUGACACAAGCCGUCAGUAACAGUGACAGCUCUGAGGUCUAAAGAAACGGACUCGCGCUUGAGAGUUUCAGUUGAUAUUUGUUGUUUUGCAAGUGCCUCACAUUUAGAUAAAAUUGAAGAUUGUGUGAAGCAACACAAAAAAAAAAAAAACAAGAGCUUUGAUUCUAUUAAAAAAAUCUACUUGAAAUAUUGCAUCUCUUCCACGGUCGGGGAGGGAUCGGGACGCUCACUUGGACACAGACUCUGUCAGCGGCUGUUUCACGGCACUCCAGUUUUGAUUUGCUUUUGAAGCCACUUGAUCCAAAUAAGGUGUUACUUUGUUUCCAAAGGUGCUAUAGAAGAUGCCUCUCAACUUGAAGGGCAUUUGGUUUACUGAGUAGGUGUGGGAAGGUGGAUCUCUUUCAUACUGUAGUUGCUAAACAGCAGGCUUUGUAUGUUUGAUUUGCAGCAUAAAGACACUGUCCAUAGGUAUUCUUACACUGGAUGAACCUGCCUGUCAUUAUACUGAUAAUGACUGAAUGAUUUGUCAUUAGAUGCAGUGCGUGCCUAAGAAAACACAUCAUUUUGAGGUUGUGUAACAUAUGUUAUGUUUUUCAUUGGAUCAGUAAAAAAUUAUUUUUUUUUUUUUUACAUUUUGUCAUGUGCUUAUAUUUUUGCAUGCAUUUAUUUUUGUAUCUUAGGAUUGUUGGAAAUUGUAAAGAAGAAAAUCCGAAAACUGUUUUUUUUAUGGAUUUAUCACCAAUGCAUCUAAUCUGCCUUAUUUCCACCAUUUCACCAUAAAAGCAGUAUUUAUCUGUAGCUAAUCGAUAUUGUAAAAUUUCCCCUACUAUAGCGUUGUCGAGUCAUGGUUUUAAGAUCUAUCUGUGUCACAUGGUAGUAAAGCAAAGGGAAGUGAAACUGUUAGAGUCUGUAGCUUUGACGCAACCUUCAAGACAGCUGGUCUGCAAUGUACAGUGUAGUAUAGUAGCGGUUCCAUAUCCUCUAUUUCCAGCAGGAACAACUCUCACUUUUGGCUUCACUGCUGAUUUUCUAGUAGUAGACUACUGUAGCUUAGCAGAGACAGCCGGGACUCCAGAUCCCCCCCAAACAACAGGGCUAUGUGCUGUUUAAUGUUAAACCUUGAAAUAUGGUCGAAUACGUUUGACAGAGUUCACUUAAAGGGAAUGAAAUGCAUUACCCACAAACCCUUGUUUAAUUGUCAGAACUACCGUCCUCUCCCUGAUUCAUGACUUUAAAUGUAUUUAUUUAUUUGUCAAUGCUUGUUUUGUAUGCAGAGAUAAAUCAUUCAUCAUUUCCUUUUUUUUUAAAUUUGUUUUGAACCUGUCUUUCUCAAACUGUAUUAUACAAAUUGUUAGUUGUCUGUCAUUGUAUUUUCAAACCACACUACACAUACAAUAGCUAUGUGACAUGUUUGCAUUCAAUCAGUGUCCACAUGAAAUGAACUUUAAAGAAGCUUUCCAUGUAUUAGUGUUUUCUAGAUCCAGGCACUGGAUUGCCAUAAAAUCUGAUUACCUCAUACUGCUGUAUAUCUACGUAGACACUAUACUCAUAGACACUCCUUCAUAAAUGUAAGGGUUUAUUUGCUGUUUUAUUUUUAAAUUGAAACAAUUCUAUGCAACCUGUUAUAUCAUGCAUUCACUCAAUGUUUACCCCAACUAUGAUUUGUUUUAUUCAGUGCACAGUUCGCUUGCUAAUCUAGCUUUGACACUGUAUCAUUGUACUGUGGCUGUUUAAUUCCACCCUAAAGCUUUGAGUUCUUUCUGAGCUUCUUUAUGCACGUGUAUGAAUAUACAUAUGCACCACCUAUAAAUGUACCAUUUGAAUGUUUUGAGAAUGGUUAUUGUCAAAAGAUGCAUAAAGUAUGUGCUGUGAGUAUUUGUAACUUAGACCAGAAGCACAACGUGGUCUGCAAAUAAAUAAUUUUUCAAGAAAACAUAAAAUGACAUAUUCUUUGAUGAAAAACGACAAUAGCUCGAAGCUUUUAGUGACCUGUGUUUCAGAUUGUCUUAAGAAAACCUUGUUAGCAAAUCUUCUAUCUGCAUAGUCAAUAUAUAGUACUGCUAAAAAAAUAAGUGCAAAAUCACCAAAUCAUCCUUUGCCAUACCUGUGCACACUUUUACAACAUAUUUAGCAUUAUAGUGGAAUUCAGGGAAAACUCUAAGCAAAGAUGUGGAUCAAAUUUAAGAAAAAUCACUUCAACAUACACAUUUUGGUGAUUUAUUCCCUAAUAGAUGUUUUAGGUUAUGUGUCUAUGUUACAUGUCCGUU